ACAAAGAUUCCGAUCUGAAAAGAACCACCCCAUUCUGCGUUCACACAAAGUCCAGUUUGUGAUAAUAUUGCAGCCUGAUAUUUUUAAAUUACUUUUGCCGGCUACAUACACAACAUUCGAAAGUCAUAGACAAUGAGUAUCACCUUAAUCUUUCACCAUUUUGAAUCCAAAACCUGUGCUUUGAAUAUCAUUGCAUUAUUGAUAUUAGUGUUUACUUUACAAUCCAAUUUGCUUUGUCAUAGUCAAACUUUAUAGAGUGGACACAAAAUUGCCACCCCGGGCAAAGAAAUGGCUGGCCAGGUGCAUAAUGCGCCGAAAUUAUGUCGAGCGCAAUAACAUAUUACAUCAUACAUGUAUAUCAUUAUCUAUAUAGGAUUAUCGUAUGUGAUUAUUACUUUUAAAAGACAAACGUAAUAACAAGAAUAUCAACCUGAUCACUUAAUAAUUAAUAAUAUAAUUCUUAAUAAUUACUUAAUCGAGAAGAACACUUUUAGAAAAUUGAUAUAAAUAUAACAUUAAAACAGUUGAUUCAGAAAUCAUCGCAACAGGUCUCUUAAUUUCCAUUGCUAUAUUGUAUGCACAAAUUGCAUGUAAACCACACUUUCUUUCCAUUUACUUGAUGUUUCAGAUGAAUACUUCUUCAUUUUAAAUCGAAAACUGUUAUAUUUAUAACCCUUACAAUAACACAUUGUACAAUCUAUAUAAGUGUACAAAAGGAGUUCUAUAUUAAGUUUGUUCCUUUAAAGUUACCACUUACAAUAACGAUGUAUGUAUUCAUUAAUUUUCUGAUACAUUGCAGCGAAUAAACAGAUUGAAAGUGAUGGUGAUUUGUUACUAUGUAAUACAUCGUGUAUUACCGGCAUUAGUUUAGGAAUUGUCCAUUUACUAAUAAUCUUUAUAGUUACGAUGGUCAUUGUUUACUACUUCGUAAGACCAAAAUUUACAAAUAUUGAAAUAUUGAAGGAUACAAAAAUACAUAUACUGUGGACUGAUCGUCUAUAUUGUUGUCGUUGGUGCCAACCAAUUUUUGGAUAUAACAUCGUUUGUAACCCGAUAAAAGGGCAAGAGAGGGAUACCAUUUGUCGAACACAUUCUACAAAGAAAAAUAAUUAUACACUGAGAGAUCUCGAUCCAAUGGCUAUUUAUGAGAUAAGUUUAUCGAGGAAAUUAUGCUGUUUUAAGAGUUCAGCAACAAAAAGAUAUGUAAUUACACGAAAAGCUGGUAUGCUAAACGAUCAAGGAUAUGAUGCAAAGUCAACCAGCAUUGAUGUAUGGUGGACUAAACCUGAUUGUAUUAAUAACCUGCAAUUGAAAUACCAAGUCACAUGCAAUGAGUUGAAAACAGAACACAGUGAAACCGACAUUACGAUAAAUGACCUCAUUCCUGGUGAAAUGUAUAAGAUUGAAGUAUUUGCCAUUGACAAAGGCACAAACGUACUUAUACUUGCUAAGGAAAUUUCAACAACGCCUAAUAAACCAACUGAUUUGGAUUAUACUGCAUCAUCAAGACAGAUUGAAUUAAUAUGGAAGAUACCUGAGAAUGCCGGCAGACAACAAUUAGAAUACGAAGUCACUUGCAAUGAG